AUGGCCACUGAUAAUUCGACAACAAUAAUUACAACAGCAACCACUAACAAUUCAUGUCUAUUGUCUGAUAAUAAUACAAUGGCCAUUGUGAAUCAUCAUGAUGAACAAUUACAUGCUGUUAAUUUUGAGCAAUCAGUGGAUAAUCCCAUUGAAGAGGGAAAAUUUCAAUCAGUAAGAUCACGUGCUGGCAUAAAAUGGACCAAAACACUUCUACAUAAACGCAAAGAAACAAAAAUAGAAUCUAAAAUACAGAGCACACAUAUUCUAACUACAGAAAAUCAACAAAUAUCGAAACCAGUAGGCGAAGAUAUUCUAACCAAAGUGAACAUAGCCAUUGAUGAUGGUAUCGAUCGCGUUAACAGAGAUAUACCAUGUCUAGAUGAACGGAAUAAGUAA